AUGCAAUGUCUCAUCUCUGCGUCUGGUCUGUGGUCUGCGCUGGGACUGCCUUCCAGAGAGGAGCUGCUGAUGCUGAAGGAUGCGGCUCCCACAGACAUGUUUGUGCUGCUGCUGCUCUGCCCCCUGCUGGCCGCCUCCCUUGUUCCUCCGGCUCCAGAGAGAGUCGUCCUGAGCUCCUCCAACAUGAAGCACACGCUGCACUGGGACCGAGGAGCUGGGACCGGACCACACGUCUCCUACAGCGUAUCCUUCCACACAGAAAGGCGAGGGUCGGCCCGCCUGGUGCCCGGCUGUGAGCGUGUGGAGGACCCCCUGCGGUGCGAGCUGACGGAAGCCUUCUCAGACCCAGAGGAGACCUACCACCUGCGGGUCACUGCUCACCUGCGCUCCCAGCAAAACUCCUCCGACUGGAUACACUUCCUCCCAGUCCGAGACACUGAACUGCAGCCCCCGCUCCCAAGGCCGACUCUCUGUGGCCCCUCCCUCUGUGUGCACCUGGAGGCCCCGGUCCCCGCUCUCUUCUCUCUCUACGACUCCUUCUGGUACGAGCUCGAGGUCCAGACCGAGGGCAGACGCCUCAUGGUGGAGUCCUUCCGGUCCCUCGGAUCUCUGGACUCGGUUCUUCACGUGAGGCUGGGCUCUGAGUACUGUGUGUCCGUCCGUUUCUUGGAUGAGGUCGUGUCUCGUGAGUCCAGCUUCGGUCCCCCUCGGUGCCUCUACGCCCCUGAGCCCAUCACUGCAGAGCGCCCCCUGGCGGUGGUGGCAGUAGUGCUGGUGCUGGUCGUCCUCCUGCUCCUCGCUCUCUUCGCCUCUGGCCGCAUCUGCCUCAGGGCAGCUCUGCCUUCAGCUCUGAGCUCCGUGUGGCACCUGGAGGAGAGGCUCAUGGUGCUGCUCCAUCCCCCGCUUUCCUCUCUGCACUUCAGCACACUCCGGGCGCCCCCGUGUGGACAGACGGGGUACUGCAGCAGCGACGACGACAGCAGCAGCAGCGACGUCGAGAGCCGUUGCGGGGACUCUCACACGGACCAAGGGAAUGGCAAGGCCCCGUACACCAGCAAAGGCUCCGUGUGGUCCGGCCUGUCCCUGAAACCGGCCAGUCGCCAGCCUCCUGCAGCCGUGGAGGAGGAGGAGGAGGAGGAGGAGGAGGAGGAGGAGGAGGAGGUGGACCUUUUCACUGUGACCCUAUGCACUGGGACUGGCUCCAGACUGGACGCUGUGGUCUUUGAGUCCGAGCCAAAGGAGAGACCAGAGGAGGGACCAGAGGAGGGACCAGAGGAGGGACCAGAGGAGGGACCAGAGGAGGGACCAGAGGAGGGACCAGAGGAGAGACCAGAGGAGCAAUACUCUGAUUACAUAUGA